AUGGUCCGUAAGACUUAUUAUAUUAUUAUUAUAUUAGGUUCACAAACUGUAUACUUCACAAGUAUUAAUGUCGUCUGUGAAUUUGUGAACUUCGCAUUCUUCAUUUAAAGCUGGUAAUCCUAGCAAAACCCUUUCUAUUUCGCCUUCCAUAUUUCCUGAACAUUUGAUAAUGGCGUCCAAUUAUUUUGUAAUUGUUUUGUUUUCAUGUUAAAGUCAUUACAAAUUCACAUUUCUUUAUUUAAAAGUCUUUCGCACAGAACGUUCGAGUUUAUAGACAACAUGUAAACAAGUAUUAUGUACGGACUUCACGAAAAAUAUAAUACUUUCAUAUUAAAUUACGGCUAAGAAUUAUUACACGCGCGGACCAUAUUUAGAAGUCUUACGGACCACAUUUAUAAGUCUUACGGACCACAUUUAUAAGUCUUACGGACCAUAUUUAGAAGUCUUACGGACCGCAUUUAAAAGUCUUACGGACCACAUUUAUAAGUCUUACAGACCAUAUUUAAAAGUCUUACGCACCACAUUUAGAAGUCUUACGGGGAUAUUUCUAAGUAUUGCGCACAGUUAGUACAGUAGCCGAUUUACACGCGAAGCAUGAUGUUUUAUACGCGUGUGUUCAAGUCUUGCAAGAAUGCAGAUAAGAUGUACGCGCGAGAGAAGUUUUACAUAUAUAAUCCUAAAGUAAUUUUGUCCAGUAUGGCGUUCCAUAUAUAUGAAUUACUUGUACAAAUGCACAUUAAAUCAUUCACAAAACUAUAUGCUUUCCUAUUAUUCAUUCAGUUAUUUCAUAAGUAACAUUCAUUCAUAGGUGAGCAUGAUCUUCAUAACAACUUGAAACAUUUAGCAAGUAAAAAUGAUACAUGGCGUUCAUACAUUGGACUUGGAUAUUAUAAUUGUUUUGUGCCACCACCAAUAUUGCGAAGUUGCUUGGAAAAUCCUGGCUGGUAUGUACUGCUUGUUUUCAUCAGUUUAUUACUAAGGAGCGUGCAGUACCAUGAAGACUCUCGUACUUUACCUCUGUCAAAAAUUAUGCCUUAAGUUGGCGUUUGAAAUUACUUGAAAAAUAUUAAAAAUUGUUCUUUUACUGCAUGGUAGUUCAUAUAUACAUAAAUAUAUGGCAGUUUCUUGCAGAAUACUAUCUACAGUAUACUAGACCCCCAAUUGUGCGAGUACUGCUUUUCAAUCUAUUCUCAAUUUUUUCGUACUAUUUUUGAAGCUUACAAUAACCACUACAUGCAUGUAACGUUUUGAGUUGCUACGCAGAACGUUCACCAAAAUGUAUGGGAUUUCGUAAAACAUAUAUUUCCUCAUAAUUUCUUGACUUUUCCUUGCAGAUUGUGACUUGUUUAUGGACUGUUUUGCUUAUAAAUAAAUCUUUGUUUGUUCUUUCAGGUAUACGCAAUAUACACCGUACCAACCAGAAAUCUCUCAAGGUCGUUUGGAAUGUUUAUUAAAUUUUCAAACAAUGGUUUGUGAUUUGACUGGAUUGGAUGUUGCUAAUGCGUCAUUGUUAGAUGAAGCUACCGCGGGAGCUGAGGCUGUUGGACUUUGCUAUAGGUACAGUAACAGUGUUACUGUAAUUAGAAUUAAUUUACGGCACUACAAAGGAGGUGUUACUUAUAGUCUGGCGGGGCAUAGCACCAAGCAGUAUUUCUGCUCUACCUUUUAUUUCACAGAGAGUUUAUCAAAGCAGAUCUGAGAUAAGUAAACUUGUAAGAUUCUUUUUUAGUAUAAUAAAGAAAAAAUAAUAACUUGCACCUUUAUUAAAAUAUUUAAUUUUUUAACCUCGAAUAAAUUUUAGUUAUUUGGGACAAAAAAUAACUGUAAACUAAUAAAUGUUUUUUGCUGUUGUUAGGUUCAAUAAGAAGAAAAAGUUCUAUGUAGACAAAAACCUGCAUCCACAAACCAUCGCAUUGAUAGAAACAAGAGGAAGGUAACAAAUAUAUAUUGGCGUAGCCAGCUUUUCCACUCAAGGGGGAAAAACAGGUGGGGGUUAAGCAAAUUUACCCUGUGGUUAAUUUGAAUACAAUUUUGCCCCUCUGACUACGUGUAUGAACGAAUAACGUCUUCUAAACUUGUUAAAGGUCCAGUGUUACUACUGGAGGAAACCGCGAGUAUACCCUGCAGAGAAAAUCUGGGGCCGGUUGUUCAAAGGUUGGUUAGCGCUAACUUUGGGUUAAAAUUUAACCUGCUGUUUUAGUUUGUAUAUUUCUACACGUCUGUUUAUUUCAAAACUUCAGAGAAGGAAACACCUACUGAUUCAGACAAGAUCUCUGAAGAAAUAUUUCCAAAUUUAUAGACAAGCUGUCGGGAAGUUUGCUUUGAAAUUUAGGUUAACCCAGGGUUAAACUAACCCAGCUUUGAACAACCGGCCCCUGAAGUUUAAUGGUGUUUUCUAGAAUCAAACUUAUGAACCGCUUUGCGCCACCAGCAGCACCAUUUUUUUUUGCUCUUUAGAACAUUGGGACCUGAUGGCGAAGGCUUGGAAAUAAUCGUCACUGAGAAAGAAAACUUCGAUUUGUCCAAUAAAGAUGUCAGUGGAAUAAUUAUUCAAUAUCCGGAUACUUAUGGCAGUAUAGUUGAUUAUACCGAGCUCACUGAGAGAGCUCAUCACGCCAAGGUACGACAUGUGUACUGACUUAUUUGCUCUGUUGUUUUCUCUGUGUAACGAAGAAAUUGACCAUCAAACUAACCAGACGGUUUCCUAUUUAUACAUACUUCACCCGAACAUGACAAGUGACCCAUCUAUCCCAGGCAGGUUCAAACCUAUUGGCUACGAGGAGCACCCGUUCAAUCUCUUAUCUCAUACCUGUGUUAAAAGCGGCUUUCUGAUUGGUUUAGAGCAGGUGAGCUUGUCGUCGAGCUCACCUGCUUUUUGUCCGAACUCACCUGCUUUUCGCCGAACUCACCCGCGAAACUGCUCACGUUGCAAUAACAAUAACAAAUAUGGCGGACAAGAUUUAGCCGAUAAACCUAGACUUUAAAGAACUUUUUUCGGUGACUAACAUACUGAGACUAAAGAAAAACCAAAGAAAAAAUGCAAUAAAGGGAAUCUAGACGUAGAUAAAAAAGUAUUAAGAGCCCAGUGUUUUUUUUGGCUGGGAAAAUGUUGACAAAACUUCGACGAAUAUAUCGCGAAGAGCUACAAAUGUGUGUAUGGCUUGGUGUAUGGGAUAAAAACCAAACGUACUUGCAGGUUCGGUGAGUCUGGGAUUGGACGCACCUCGGGUGGCUGGAAGUUUCCCGAACUCACCUCGCUUCGCUCGGUGAGUUCGGGAAACUUCCAGCCAUCCUCGGUGCGUCCAAUCCCGGACUCACCUCCCUGCAAGUACGUUUGUUAUAUUAUCUCAUACCUAGAGUAUUAGCUGCUUUCCUAUUGGCUACAAGAAGGUGCGUUCAAUUUCGAACCCACCUGCAGACGUAUUUUUAGGAGGGGGUUCGAGAUCGAUGUUUCGGCGGCGGCCAUUAUGAAGCGAUUUGAACAAAUUUCAGACGAACAUUUAAAUAAAAAAUAAAUUAACUGUUUGUAAUUGUUUUAUAAUUAUUGUUUUUUAUUUUGUUUGAUGAAAAUGGAAUAUUCUGUAUUCAAAGUGGAAGAGAAGAAAGAUGGCCGCCGAAAUUUGUUCGGCACGGGCAGGUUUAUAUAAAUCUUGGCAAUGUUUUCGCAGAAUGUGUGCAUUUUCUCUUUUCAAGAAUAAGGGAAUAUUGUAGAGAAUUUUUCAAUUUAAGUUUGUUUGUUUGCGUAGUAUGUUGGCGGCUAAAAUGUUCGUUAUCCAAACAAGAAAUUAUAUACUAAAACAUUCGUAAAUUCUUCAGUAUUUUUUACCGAAAUGGCAUGUGAUAAAAACCAAACAUACUUGCAGGUUCGGUGAGUCCGGGAUUGGACGCACCUCGGGUGGCUGGAAGUUUCCCGAACCCAGGAAACUUCCAGCCACCCUCGGUGCGUCCAAUCCCGGACUCAACUCCCUGCAAGUAUGUUUGUUAUAAAACGCAGGUUCAAACACGUUCCUUCACGUACCGCAUGAACCGUAAUCUAAACGGCUAUAAAGUCAUUUGUCUGAAUCAGAUCAUUUUCAGGCUCCGCCUGAUGGCAGACUAAAUGACAAAUAUUAUAUAACCAUUUAUAACCGAUUAUGACAUAACUGUUGCGUAAUAUAUAGAAAGUCUAUGCACGUUGUAUCAUCAUGGUCGAAACAGUCGGAGCUCAACAUGGUUCUGGACAGUUCUCACAACAAUUGAACAAAAGAAUGUCAGUUUACUGUAGUGGCACACAAAUUGUCGGAAAUUUUGUAGUAGCAAGAAUCCAUAAUAUCCAUUAGCAAAUGAAAAUAACACAUCUUUUAAAAAUUGUUGCUGCAUUUUCAUUCUCAGUAAAGUUUUACGUUUAAUUCCUUCAAUUUAAAAGUAUUGUUGACUGUAUUGAAAUGUGUUUUUCGCGUGUAAAUUUAAACAGUAGUGAAAUACGCGUUGCCGUUGGUCAGUUGAUUGGAGACAUUAGAAUGCGUAAGUACCCAAAACAAAUGGAUCAUCUCCAGGUCAAAGUACAAAUCAAGGCAAGGUACAACGUCAAUCCAUGAGAUAAAAAAAUCAAAAUUAUAGGUUUAGAAUGAUACAGUAAUCCUAUUAAUUAUUUUUCCUCAUUACACCAGGAAAUAAGCUUUUUGUAUAAGUGCCUUACCAUCGCAAAAAGCAAUCUAAAGGUCAAAGUACAAAAUAAUAUACAAAUCUGAGGAGAAUUUAAAUUAAGUACAGGGGGACUUCAGUAGCAAGGUCGCCAAAAAUUACAUUUUCACCUUAAGGGUUUGAGUCAGGGCACUUUAUAACAAACAUACUUGCAGGAAGGUGAGUCCGAGAUUGCACGCACGGAGGGUGGCUCAGUGGUUUCCCGAACUCACCGAGUGAAGCGAGGUGGGUUCGGGAAACUUCCAGCCACCCGAGGUGCGUCCAAUCCCGGACUCACCAAACCUGCAAGUAUGUUUGGUUUUUAUCACAUGCCAUUUCGAUAAAAAGUACUAAAGAAUUUACACAUUUUAGUAUGUAAUUUCUUGUUUGAAUAUUGAACAUUUUAGCCGCCAACAUACUACGAAAACAAACAAACUUAGGCUUAAAUUGAAGCUAAAACAAUUCUCAAAUAUUCCCUUAUUCUUGGAAAGAGAAAAUGCACAUUCUGCGAAAACAUUGCCAAGUGCAUGAACCUGCCCGUGCCGAACAAAUUUCGGCGGCUAUCUUUCUUCUCUUCCACUUUGAAACAGAAUAUUCCAUUUUCAUCAAACAAAAUAAAAAAUAAUAAUUAUAAAACAAUUCAUUAAAAACAGUUAAUUAAUUUUUUAUUUAAAUCUUCGUCUGAAAUUUGUUCAAAUCGCUUCAUAAUGGCCGCCGCCGAAACAUCGAUCUCGAACCCACCUCCUAAACUUACGUCAGCAGGUGGGUUCGAGAUUGAACGCACCUCCUCGUAGCCAAUAGGAAAGCCGCUAAUACGCUAGGUAUGAGAAAAAUAUAUAAGCGCCCUGGUUUGAGUCUUACUCGGGCUAGCUCGCUUUGCCGGGCCACGCUGUUUCACAUGAGGCAGGCUAGCCCGGCAAGCUCUAUAAGAAAUUCCAGCGCGACUUUUGGCGGGUAUGCGUUAUUUGAUGUUUGUGAUGUGACUCUGAGUGUAUAUUCACACCGGGCAAGCUUGAAAAAUAUGCCUGGUCACGGUGGGAAUCGAAUCUACGACCUUUGGAAUACUAGCCCAAUGCUCUGCCAACUGAGCUACGCGGUCAGGUCGGUUCGAGUAUGUGAUAUUUCGGAACUGAGUCUAGUUCCUUUGGUAUCAAUGCAAUCUAAUAAUCAUGAUUUUUUCUGUGUUGGUGUUAUGUACUCAGGUGAAUAUCAUGUUUGUGAUGUUACUCUGAGUCAUAUGAGCCCGGGAAGGCGAGAUCUGGCUCAAACGGAAGCCCGGCAAUCUGGGCCAGCUGGUUCUCAUGUGAAUCAAAUCUCAAAAACAUAUAAAAAACAAUGUACUUGAAAGUCAACCCGGUUUACCGGGCCAGCCCGGCUCGUAUAUGAACAUACAUUAUUAUAAAACGUAUAAUCAAAAUACCCUCGGUCGAACCUCUACUUAGAUUCACCUCUCGUUAGCUGAUACUGUUUUUUAAUACCGGCCAGAAAUCUUAACUGGACACCACGACAUGACACUGAGAAUGUCAGCUUAAGGCAGGUUUGACUGUUGUAUAAUUCAGAAUCGCUGCCACAUGAUGAAUUCGAUCACCGCCGCUUAUUAACCCAUUCAGCUGCAAUGCGUCCAAACACACCCGAAUUUAUUAUUUUGCUCUGUCUGACGCCAGGCGAUUUUACUCGUCAAAAGUAGAAUCUUGAGCACUAAUGGGUUAAUGUCGCAUUUUAUUUCCCGGCGAAACUCCCUUUUAUGAUUCUCAGAAAAAAAUUUUGAUCCCGUGUAGAGACUACUGUUUAGGAAACCAUGUAUACUCGCGUUCACAUAUAGUCGAAGGGAUUGGUAGAUGGAAAUAUCGAGUGGAAUUGUUAUACAUUUAUUAGACUUAACCAGGAGCAGGUGUGAAAAAUGCAACUACAGGGUGUAUAAAAAAAAACUGAACAGAUAUGAAAUUGCUCUCAAUUUCGCAAAACAGCUAUUAGUAUCCAGUUUUUGAUGUAUAUAACUUCUUUGGGUACUUAUAAUGAAGAAUAAUGAAAAAAAUUUCUCGAACUCAAAUUUUGUGAACCAGGGGGGUUUGUCUUUUCCAACAAACUAAAAAUGGCUUGCGCACGAAAUUUAAAAGCUUUAAUCAUAUUUUGAGUUAAUAGACGGAAAAUUUGUUGGGUGUUUAAUUACUGUACAAAAUUUCAGACAAUUUGCUUUAGUUUAAGCCCUUUAGCUAUUCAUUUUAUCCUAAAAAAUCAGCCUUUCGCAUGCUUAAUUAAUGCCUUUACCUAAUUUGCAUAUUGCUGACAUAUGCAAAUUAGGCAAAGGCAUUAAUUAAGCAUGCAAAUAGCUGAUUUUUAGGAAAAAAUGUAAGUUUGCGUUAAUAGUUAAAGGGCUUAAACUAAAGCAAAUUGUCUAAAAUUUUGUACAGUAAUUAAAAUCCCAACAAAUUUUCCAUCUAUUAGCUCAAAAUAUGAUUAAAGCUUUUAAAUUUCGUGCGCAAGCCAUUUUUAGUUUGUUGGAAAAGACACACACCCCUGGUUCACAAAAUUUGAGUUCGAGAAUUUUUUUUCAUUCUACAUUAUAAGUACCCAAAGAAGCUAUAUACAUCAAAAACUGGAUAUACUAAUAGCUGUUUUGCGAAAUUGAGAGCAAUUUCAUAUCUGUUCAGUUUUUUUUAUACACCCUGUAUAGGUCCUAUGGUAGGAAUCGAACCUGCGGCCCUGCGAUUCCGGUGCAGCGCUCAGUUGGUUAAUUCCAUCUACAAAUCCCUUCAACAAUAGACCUUAUGCAUAAUGACGUCACAAGGCUUGAUGCCCGCGAGGAAUGUUGGUCUUAGUAGUCAUCGCCCGGGAAAAUUAAACAAUUCAAAAUGGCCACUAUCAAAAUUUACGUCGAAAUUUAGGAAAAGAAAAGUCUAUUAGUUACGUCGAGUGAGACUGCCAAAACCCUGAUAUUUACACAUUCAGCGUUCACAUAUACUUUAUCCACUGGCCUAUACUAUAUCUUAAACUCAAUGGUCUUAUCUUUACAAUAUUUUCGUUAAGGCUUUGGUUGCAUGUGCGACAGACCUCCUCGCUCUUACCAUGCUUCGACCUCCUGGAGAGUUUGGUGCUGAUAUUGCUUUUGGAAACAGUCAGAGAUUUGGAGUACCAUUAGGUGCGUUUUACACAUUGCUUUACGAAACGGUGUGUUAGAAUAUAUCAGAAACUAUUAAAGAACAGUAAUGUCAAAUGAUUAAAACCCGUUUAUAUCUCCUGAAGACAAAUAUCUAGUUAACUGACCAGUAGCCUGUAAAGGCCCUGUCACACUAUUGCUUAUCGUACUAGCGCGUGCCAGCGUAUGGAAAAUAUCACUCAUACGCUGGAAAACGCUGACAAACGCUAGGGGUACGUUAGGCAUAGGUUGUAUACGUUUCAAGCACGGUCGCGUACGUUGACAUACGCUGUCAUACGGCGAGGCAAAAACUUUUUUAAGCAUACUUAAAAAUUUUGUGCGUAUUCGGAUGUGUGGUUUAUACAAUAAGCAUACUCUAGGCAGACGCUGAAUAUGCUAGAGGUACGCCAGAUGUACGGUACUCAUACGCUGACAUUUCAAAGGACUUUUGUGCGUAUGAAAAUUAUUUCAUUAAUUUUCAUACGCUUCUCAUACGUUUGUCUCAUACGCAAUAGUGUGACAGGACCUUAAAGGCCGUUUUCCACUUCAAGCGUACGGCGUACCGUACCGAAACGUAUAUCAAAAACAUUUUUAAAUUUCAAAAUUUUGUGAAUUGGUUAAUACGUCCGUAGUACGCCAAAAAGUUGACUUGCGACGAACUUGUUAUUUUGAUACGCAAAUACACCAGAAGUACGCGGAUUUAUCAACCUCUUUUCAAUCUACGCAUGCUCACCGGUACGUUACGGUACGAUACGGGCGAAGUGGAAAACGGCAUGCCCGCUACGUGCCAUCCAGUUGACAUAUUUGGAUAACUCGCACCACUUCUUAUGAUAAUGUAGCGUGGAAUGGAACAAUUUUAGCCAAGUGUUAAAUUACGUUCGAGAGUAAAUUGAGUGUUUUUCUUCCUUUCAAAACUAAUUGUCUCUAUUCACUCGCAUUUUCCUGGUAAAGUGUCAUAAGUAAUGAUGGAGUUUUAAAACUUUAGACUCGUAGUUGUGGGAAUUCCUGUGUAGAACCUCGCAUGGCAUAUCGGAUGCAACUUAAGUAUUUAUGGAUUACAAUAAUUGUGUAAUUUAAGGCUAUGGUGGUCCACAUGCUGGAUUCUUCGCAAUACGAAACAUUGGAAACCUACAACGAUCUUUACCUGGCCGACUUAUUGGUGUUACCAGGUAUUUGAGUAGAGAGGUUCAGAUUUGACUCCCGCUGCCUCUCACUUGCUUUAACUGUACGCAUUUGAUUGGUUAAUCUGGUAUAAUUUGAUUGGUUAACGCAUCUGAUUGGCUAAUGGUAGCGGUAGUGUAAAUCAAAGUCUGAACCUCUCUAGUAUUUGUGACGGUUCCGAUUUUUAUACAAUUCGAGAUUCCCCUUAUUACGUUUUCGUAGCGCUUUGCAUUGUAGUUAUAGUGGUAUCACUGAUAAAGAUAGCGGCCUCAAAUGAAAAUAUUGAAUGUUUUCGCGAAUAUUUUGCUGUUGGCUAUCGCGCACCUGACCCUAGCUUUUUUAAAAAGUUCUUGCACGGGUCAGGACAAAAAUAAGCCAUCUUCAACUAAUCAGUGAUACCACUAUAACCACAAUGCAAAGCGCUACGAAAACGUAAUAAAGGGAAUCUCGAAUUAGAUGCAUGUUCCAUGUGAAUCAAGUUGGGCAAAGAAAAGAUAGUUCGUUUACUAAUUCUUCUGUGUAUAAACGGGGCGCUAUAUACACCACACCUGCGCAGUUCCUCUUGUCAGAUUAUUGUGUAUUUAAAAAUUGUACAGGAGAGUGUACAGCAGUAGACUUUCUAAAAGGGAGAACAUCAGGAAUAAUUGCAUUCCGGAAGCCAAAACUGUUUGCAAAACAAACAAUGGCAAUAUAGAGUCAAAGGACCAAAAAAUAAGGCAUUCAAGUUGAAGGUAUAUCCUUAACGAACAACAUGAAAAAUAAACUGAAAAAGGAAUAAAUGCAGGACGAACAUUGUCAUCGUUCUUUCAACUAUACUGGUGGGCAAUUUUCAAUUUCUCUCUGCAUGAGAAAUUUAUAUAUACAUAAAUUAUCUUGAUAAUAUUUUUCAAACUCAAAUCUUGAUAAACAGUUAUCAAACUCAAGGGCUUGUGCUUAUAUCCGGAUAUAAGUGCAUGCGUCGACCUAUAUCUGGGGGGGUUGGGAGUGUGCUUGUAUGCGAGGGAAUAGGGUAAACCGGAUGAUCCAUUGGAUGGGGGAUUUAUCUAGACAGACGAUCCAUCUCUAGUAUUAAUCGGGUAUUAAAAGGGGGGAAGCGUUAGCUAAUUCUUGGAUGGGGGAUUUAUCUAGACAGACGAUCCAUCUCUAGUAUUAAUCGGGUAUUAAAAGGGGGAAAGCGUUAGCUAAUUCUUGGAUGGGGGAUUUAUCUAGACAGACGAUCCAUCUCUAGUUUUAAUCGGUAUUAAAAGGGGGAAAGCGUUAGCUAAUUCUUGUGCAACUCUGUCACGUAGGGAUAACAUGGGAAACAGUUGUUACAGACUGGCGCUUCAGACCAGAGAACAACACAUUCGUAAGGAUAAAGCCACAAGUAAUAUUUGUACUGCACAGGUGAGUUAAGUUUGUACUGUACAUUUUUCAAUGUGAAUGAUAAAGUGAUUUAUUUUUGGCAUGACAAAAUUACUGGAUGCUGAUUGGUUGAGAGGAGUACAAUUAUUUCAUUAAUUAUUUAUCUUCUGUAAUCAGUGGCAAAUACUGCAAUUUCAUUGGUUUACAGGAGUGCGAUUUGAGCAUUAAUCGCACCUUUUUGAGCUGUAAUCGCACUCUUGUCUACAGCCAAUGAAAAACAGUCUAGUAUUUACAACUAGCCAAUCAGCAUCCAGGAUACAAACUUUGAAUUUUAUUCUCUUUAUUGCUGUAAAAAAUUCCAAAAUGGAGGAAUUCACAAAUUUUGACCUUUUAAUUUUUAAAUCAGCCCUCGAAAACCGUCAAAAUUGAGGUCGGAAAAAAAAUGCCGACCUAAACCUGACCUAGCUCGGUACAUCUCGGCAUUUUUAAAAAUCUGUUUCCAUGUCUUGGAGCACUAGUAGCCUGCACUAGUAAUCACGUAUUUACGAAUCAUUGAAAAGUAUAAAUGUCACGAAGCCUUUUCUUUUAGAGUUUUACCUAAAUUAUAUCAUAAAUAUACACGUUAAUUCUUAAACCUUACACCAAAGUGCAUCGAAUUCUAUAAUCGCUGACUUUUUAACAGCUAUAAGCACCAAAAAAGAUUAUUAAUUAAAGUGAAUUAAGGUCGGCAAAACAUUGCCGACAUGGGAGGUUGAUAGGUCGGCAUUUUAAUACUGCUACAGAUCUCGUUUUCGAGGGUUGUUAAAUUAUAUAUUUUCUGACGAAAAUGACCUACCUGUUCAUCCAGCAGAAGACACCGAACUAAACACAACCAGGAGUUAUAUUUCAUGAUCAAUCCAAUUCAGAUGAUUAAUUGGACUAAAGAACUUCACUAUUUUGAACACGUUAUAAACAUACAAACAUGGCUUCCCAAUUGUGUUUUGAAUAAUUCAAACAAAUGUUGUCAUGUGAUUAUACCGGAAAUAAUGCCCGGAAGUUAAUAAUAUGUUAAUUUAUUAUAUAUGAUAAACAAUAAUUCAAAAUUGUACUAUUUCACCUCUGCUAUUUCACUAAGAAUUGUCGUGACAAAAAUUUAAUAAUUAUAUUGAACUUCAACAAAUUGUAUUUUUCUGCUUUUCCCCCUUAACCAGUUUGAUUACAGAAGAUAAAUAAUUAAUAAGUAAUAGAACGAAUUAAAGUCGUACUAUUAAUGCCAUAAUCAUACUCGUGAUUAACAAAUCAACCUCCCGCUACGCGGUCGGUUGAUUUUGUAAUCACUCGUAUGAUUAUGGCAUUAAUAGCACUCCUAUUCGUUCUAUUACCAUCAUUAAUUGUACUGCAGUGAGUACAAUUAAUGAUUUUCCCAAAACAAACAAAAUUGCGGAAAGGUGUUUUAACAAAAUACAAAUGUGAAAUGAAAUUUCCUUAGAGGAACUAGAUGAGAAUACGAACAAAAGCACCUAAAUGAAAAUACGAACAAAAGCACCAAAUUUUGGGUGAUAGUCUGGCAGGACUGGGCUUUGGCGAGAGAAUAUGAUGUUGACAUUGAGAAGUAUCCAAUUUUGUCAUGCUAAUAAUAAACAAGUAAUCAUGCGAUGUUGCUCGUACAAUUAGGGAUUAAUAGUACUCGUGAUGUUUGGAAAUUUGCCAAAUUGGACUCGCCCCGGCUGCUCGUCCAAUUUUGGCAAAAUUUCCAAACAUCACUCGUACUAUUAAUCCCUAAUUGUACUCGCCAUCGCAUGAUUACCUAUACUAACACAGUGAAAGACUGAGCUUAUCGUCUGCAAGAGUCGAUGGUUAAAUAUUUGUCCGUGACCGGAUACUAAUAUGCCAACGCUGUUUGUCCGGCACAACUAUUUUCUUCGUUCUGUCAGCAUUAUAUACAUCGUAUACAAUUAUUAAAAUGAUUGCACUCUUCUCAAACAAUCAGUGUAAAGCGAUUCUGUCAUAAUAAGGAUUGUAACAAGUUUCAUUCCGAUUUAUUCCGUGUUUUCUCGGUUUAGGCAUUGCUUGCAAAUCUUGCUGCAUUGUUCAGUGUUUAUCACGGUCCUCAUGGCUUGAAGAACAUCGCAACGCGAGUUCACAAUGCUACACUAAUACUAGCUGAAGGUAAGUGGAUAUAUCUCGAAACACUGGAGUGUUAACAUUGAAUGCUUAUUGGCUUGACUACAAGGAUAUCUACAGGGUUUAACGGUUGAUAAAACGCUUGUUUUGAAGUUGUUUCGCAAAUGCCAUUUCCUGCAUGCAUUUCCAAUUGUGAUUAGGGCUGGAAAAAGUGGUUAUCUUUCUGUGAGCACACCUGAAAAUAAAAAAUUCCUGCAGACUUGCGGAACGUCCCCAGAACGAUUGUUUUGAGUUGAUUCUGCCUGUUAUGAACUUACAGUCUUGCAGUGUAGUGAGUGUAUUUUAGUGUUGUAUACACAUUGUGUUCUAUUAUGUUAACUAUGGUUCUACAUACAGUGUAUUACAUAAAUACGAAGAAAAAAUUUGACAACACAGACCAUGCAGAACAUCUGUCAUAAUCGCACGAAGACUCCCUUAACCAAUGUGACGUCAUGUACUCCCUUCCGCCUGCAUGUAUAAUACAUUGUCUGCCCUUGAUCUUCCUUAAAUGUAUACUUAACCUUCAUAAGUUACUUUCGCGUUUUGUGGUUAGGUAUAAAACGAGCUGGACACGAAAUUCAGAAAGAACAUUUCUUUGACACUCUCAAGGUAUUAUUCAAGUGUAAUGUAAAGAUUUUGUUUAUCGUGAAAAGUAUUAUUUUUAUAUAUGUAUAAGGACAACGACUUUCUGUUGUACGAGUAGUGGUUAAAGUGGCAUGCGUCAACAUGAAUAAAAUAAGAUUAGUUUGAAUUAACUUUAAUUUUAUUUGUGAAUUUUACUCAUUCUAUUUUCAUCAAUAAUGAUGGUGUUAUUUUUUACGCUUUAUGGCUCGCACGGGAUAAUUAGCUAGUAUAGGUAAUCGCAUGGGGCCGAGUAAAAUUAAGGUUUAACUUCACGCGUGUCUUCAAAGUUUCACAAAUUGCCAGAGUCGCGAAGCGACAAGGGCAAUUUGUGAAACUUUGAAAAUACAAGUGAAAUUAAACCUUAAUUUUACGAGGAACUAUAUGCGAUUACUUGUUAAUCAUAGCGGGCAAAAUUUAUUCGUAAGUUAACUGUGAUCUUGAACCUCGUAUGUCUAAAUAUGUACUUUUAUAAAUAAUAAAUAUGUACUUUUUCUAUACAGUGUUCAAGUUUUUACUAUAUAGAAGUUUUUAAUUCUUCAAUAACAUCAUUAUCCGCGACGACGAAGCGAGAAGCCAUUGUUUUUAUUGCUAUUUAAUUAAAACAAGAAACUUCCCACGCUCGCGUCUCCGCCAAUCAGGUACAAGUAAUUUUGCCCUGAAUUAAGAAAAAAUGCCCUCCUCAUUAGCCAAUCAUAUUUGAGUAAUUUUGCCCUCUAUAUAAUUAUAAAGAAAACCGUUCAUAUCUACACGAUAAAAAAACACCAUAUAUAUCUUCGAUAAAGUACUUGCCAAUAUGAUUAGUCACAAAAUGUAAGAGUAGAUGCAAGCUGUUCUCCGAGGUGGAUUGGAAACUAGUGGUGAUACUCGAUCCAUGCAAAUGGUAUCUUGAACUGCCAGCUCCACUCGGAAAGUUUGCGCCAAAAUCAUACCAAUGAAAUUGACGAUACAUGUAUAUAUAUGACUGAGCUGCACAACUCUUUGAAUUUUAACUCUUAGCUUUCCGGCUAACGAUUAGUGUUACGCUUGCGUGUGCAUUAACAUGACGCACAACUCGACGUAGCACCCAAUUUCCGCACCACGCAUGCUCACCUAGCUUUGUUAUAAUCUCAUUAAAUUUCUGCCAGUAACUCAUUUUUCAUCAUUUUCUUAAAUUUUUUUUUUAUCAUCAGGUGAAAUGUGUUAAUGGUUCGGCUGAUGAAAUAAUGAAGAAAGCUGCUGCACAUAAAAUCAAUCUUCGAAAGCUGGAUAAUGAUCACGUAAGUGAAAUUGUAUUUGUACAGGGCCUUUACCAUGCACUGGUAUCAGUAACCAAUUUUUCAAGUCCAAGCACUUUAUCUUUAUUUGAGGUUUUUAUACCGGAAAACGUAUACUUCAGUUUAAUAUUACAAGGUUAUUUUCAUUCUAGGUUGGUGUAUCAAUGGAUGAAACAGUGACAGAAAAAGAUUUGGAUGAUCUGUUGUCAGUGUUUGGUUGUAAAGAUACUUCGGUGAGUUUCAAAUCAACGAAUGCAUGAUUGAAUUUUCAGAAUGAAUUUCAAUGCAUUUGUUCAUAAUUUCCACUCAACAGUAGAUUUGUAUUUAAGUUUGUAUGUGAGUAGGACAAUUUUAUAUGAAACGUUUAUCAUGACUAGUUUAAAUCAAGUCAUAUACUUUCUAUUUUUUCUUCAUCAGUUUUAUUUUAUUUUUGAGCAGGAUAGUCUUGCCAAUAGUGAGUUGAGUGAAACUCCAGGAAGCAGUAUAUUAUUGAGUGAUCAUAAGCGUCGUAGCAAUUACCUUGAACAUGCUGUGUUCAACACUCAUCACUCGGAGACACAGAUCAUGAGAUAUAUGAAACGUCUAGAGAAUAAAGAUUUAUCAUUGGUUCAUUCCAUGAUUCCUUUGGUUAGUAUGGCAGUUUUAUUAGAAUCAGUAGAACACGAGUAGUACAGUAAUAGCCCGCAUAAAAGAAGCUGUGGGUCAAGAACCACCAACCUGAGAUGCAGGCAAUUAUAUAUACAGGGUGUAUCAAAAUAAACGCAAUUCAUCUUUUGUGCUUAAUAACUUUCGAAAUACUAUUUCUAGUUAAACGCUUUUAAGCUUACUUCAAAGCCUGUUCUUUUCUCUUUCAAACAAACUAUUAUCCUUGUCUCCAAUGCUAGUAAUAAUUGCACAGGGAAAGGUUUAGUAAAACCUAUCAUUUUUAGUUGCUGUUUAAUUAUGCAAGUUUACUAUGUUAUUGUUUAGUCGGUUUAAAUGUUAGAAUUUUCUUCUUUAAACUGUAAUGUUGUUGUCACUACAUCUGGAAAACCACGUAAGAACAAAUUAAAAGUAUUUUAAAAGAGACCAGGUUGUUUGAAAAUCCUAAACGAAUGCUAAAAAUCAUCAAAACAUUCUGGUGUCUGAGCCAGUGUGUCAUCGAAUUGCGAUUUAAUGUAAACAGAAAUUACAGCAAGUUGAUGUCAGUCAGCUUAGAUGGUCCAAGCCAAAAUUAUAUCGCAUUUGAAGUUCCAAACUGAGUUAAAAAUAGUGGAAGAAAAGCCGUAAUUAUACUUGUUGUUACAAUCCAUUUAAUAAAAUGCAACAUUUUUUUGUUUUAAUGAAAAAAUCAGUUAUUUUCAUGAGAACGAUUUGUUAUUCCAUCUCAAUUUUUUUAAUCUUCAAUCGCAAUAACGUAAAGUAUUAUUACCCGCGAACCAAUGAGUCAAAUUUAAGAAACAACCCACUGUUAGAAAGCUGAAUGGCUACGCUUUAAAAUGAAUGUAAACUUUAACCUUUUCGUCUAUUAUUUGUUUAGCAAUUUACAUUUCAGUCGAGGAUUGCGCUUUUUUUUAUACACCCUGUAUAGAUUACUUAAAAUACAAGAACAACUUCAGGUUGAGGUUAAGGAACUUCUUCAUGUUCUUAAAAACCUUGACCUUUGUACUUCAGCUGAAGUGGAAACCAAGUGGAAAGGCAGUUUCAAGCUGUUACAUAAUUCAUUACUGCAGCACAUAGUAAAAACAUGCUCCAUAAGACUAUUGUUAUAAUCAGUAGUCACAAGAAAUAAAUUUUAUCAAAUUCAUGAAAAUGCGUAAACACUUGUAUGCCCCUUGUAUACACAUGCAUUGUUCAGUUCACUCCCCAUCUGGGCUUUUUAGUGACCGAUUGCAUUCAGUAUUACGCUUAUAUUUAUAUUACCUGCUUAGCUAGAUUAUUUAUCUGUACAACAUUUGAGAUAUUGCUUUCCUAACUAUGUUUACGCCCUGUCAACUUACCCUGUGGGAGGAAACUGGAUCGUCCGGAGAAAACCCACGACUUUCGGCAGAGGGUUCAGUUGACAGACUCUUUUCACAUGAGUCCGUAGCGAGAACGGAGGGCGCACCGGCCAGAGACGUAGAGUAAAGAAUAAGAAUCUCGAAGCUUCAAAAAGUAUAGAAUCGUUCAGGAGGGGAUUAAGAGGGUUAAUAUCUUGUGUCACGGAAAUGCCAUUUCCUACAUUCUGAGAUUAACAUUGUGAGUGUCUGAAGUAAUAGUUGCUUCUUUGUUUUAGGGUUCGUGUACCAUGAAACUCAACGCUGCUUCUGAAUUACAAGUAAGAUUAAAAACUUUGAGGGCAAAUGAAAAUAGCUAUACAGCAGCCCAAACAUUAAUUCUGUUCGACCAACUGUUAAUAUAUUACGUAUUGAGUGGACAUUCCCCAUGUUAAAUUUGUGCAAUUUAAAAACUGUGCUGUAAUUUCAUCCUAUUUGAUAGAUUAUUGGGCUAUGUGUUUUUCUGCAAAUAUAAUUUUAAGUCUAUCUUCGUGUUAACAUUAUCCUUUGCAAUUAUUCACUAGCCAAUAACCUGGCCAGAAUUUGCAAACAUCCAUCCGUUUGCGCCAACUGAACAAGCAGAAGGAUAUCUUGAAUUAAUUAAGGAAUUGGAACAUGAUUUAUGUGAAAUUACUGGAUUUGAUGCUAUCAGCUUCCAACCCAACAGGUAGAUAUUUGAUCGCAUUCAUCAUACGUCUUUUGCUACAACUGAUCACGUGACUCUAUUUCUCAUAUUACCAAAACCGCGGAUCCUUCCUCUUGCCCGAAAAACCGUGUCUUGUUUUCGUAUCAAGAUAUUCAGGAAUGGGAUUACAUUCCUACGCCGAUUACGUUUACACCUAAAAUGUCAAACUAUUAUUAGCUAAUUUCAGACACUUUUUCGCAUUCAGACCAAUCAGAUGUCACCAUUUCCGAACUGUCAAUUCCACAACCAAUCUCGUACCCAGAGCCAUCGUUGAGUGGCUCUGGGUACGAGAUUGUUUCACAACCUGAAUGUUCUGACGCGAAAAUAUGCACGUUUGUUUGGGCGAUUGGAAGGAUCCGCCGAUUAUGGUAAUAAAGAAAAUGUACGAGUGAGUGAGAGUUGCAACUUUUGCACGCGUUUCACCUUCAACUUUCAUCAACUCCAAUGCGUUCUCAUUAACUUCAAGCUGAUGAGAAUAUUGGUCGUCAGAUUGCUUUGCGCGGUAACAUUCAGUCACUUCUCAGGCAACUUUUGCUCUCGUUUGACCAGGGAAUGAGCUGAAACUUUCAUGCAAACUCUCGCUUGCCAAUUCCUCGGUUGAUUUAGCUUUAACAGUUGUUUCAUAUAUUAGUCAGAGUGCAAAGAUUCAGAUUGUAAUAGGUACAGUAAUAGGUAAGAAAUGGCGUUGUUAAAUUCAAGAUUGAAAAUGUUAUAAGAAGAAUCGACAUAAAGAAUAUAUAAAGCCAGCCUCGUUUUGUUAGGUUUUGUUAAAGCCCUAUCGUCAUGUUGUUUUAUUUUUAGCGGCGCUCAAGGAGAGUAUGCUGGUUUACUGGCAAUCAAAGCUUACCACGAUAGCAGAGGAGAAUCGCAUAGAAAGGUUGGUAGUGAAAUCUGAGGUAGCAUAUACUGCCAAUUCCACAUCAUUUUUUUCUUUUAGUGAAUGCUAAAAUUUCGCAGCGAAAUGAAUUAGUGCAUGCGCAGUGAAGAGAGCACGAAAGCGAAUCAAUUCCGUAGAGUACUUUUCUACAUACCAUGGCUUUUUGUCGUGUAUAACAUGGUCUUGUACCGUAUGGUACCGAAAUGUAGCGUGUCUCUGUGAUUUCUAAGCACUUGGGUGGAACUUUAGUACAAAUGAAAAUGCUACUGAAAUAAAAUGAAAUGACCAAUUUUGUAGCAUAUCGUACUAAUCUUGCGUUCAUGGGUAUAGUCUUUUAAUUACGUCACCUGUACUUUAUCUGGGUAUAAUUACGUCACCUGUACUUUAUCUGGGUAUAAUUACAUCAUCUGCACUUUUUCUGGACAAGGUAGGAUCGUAACAUGUAUUCCAUCUUAGGUGUGCCUCGUUCCUAAAUCUGCCCACGGGACUAAUCCAGCAAGCGCUCAAAUGGCUGGCUUUAAAAUCGUUUUCGUUGAGAUUGGAAAACAUGGCGAAAUCAACAUGGACCAUUUGCGAGAAGAGGUAAUUGUAACGUAAUUUAUGUUGACAAUUUUGUACGAACGUCGGAGGCUUAGACUGCGCUAAUACAUUACCGCCAUUCCGGAUGUUCACAUGACUGUAAUCCAUAUUGGCCGUUUUCCGUUACGAUCGCUUUGCCGCGAGACGAGUGAACAUUUUUGAACAUGCACUGUAGUUGUUUACCUUGACAGUUUUCAGUCUGCUUUGGCCUCAUUCAAGUUUCUUGGCUUGCACGCGUGACUAAGUACCAUAGAUAUCUUAUAUAGACUAGAUAGUGCAUCUAAUUAGUCUGCAAUUCAAAAAUUGAAGCCGUGAUUGCAGUCUCAGGUCGUUCCCAUGAAAUUAGAAGAUUCGUAUAUUUUCUAUUUCUUAAACAGGGAACUUGAACAUUAAGUUAACCCUAUUCCAAAUUCGUUUUUAAAAUAUUCAAAUGAUGAAAGUUAUUGUUUUUAAGCGUUUAUUAGCAAGUGGGAACGACCAACAUGGCCGCCAUCUAUUCAAAUGGGGGUAACCGCUGGAAUAUUCUUGGCUUCAAUUUUACUAAAAGAGAUGCGCUAUCUUGUGUAUGUAAGAUAUCUAUGCUAAGUACACACAUGACUUGUGUCCUUCAUCCCACGCGUGCAAAGUGAAAGUGACCGUAAGGGAAAACGGCCUUAAUCGUAUGGCGUGAACAGAUGGAGCAGAUUUCUAGGUAUCUAGUAAGCAAAGUCUCAAAAACUGCGCUAACACACAAGGGAAGCUCAGAUUGAACAUCUACUAUUUGAGUGUUCGUGAGCUUUUAGAAUACAGGCGUAAGUGGUCUAAGACAAGCUUGGAACACCAUGAAAGAACAUCUUGGUACAGUUUGUGUACACGUGGAUUUUGUCAGGGAGGGGGGGGGUGCAGGGAGAGUUGUCUUUCACUACCGGGUGUCCCAAAAAAAAGUACUCCGGUUUGAUUCGUAAUAACUUCUAAACAAUUAAAGCUUUUAAAGAGAAAUAACUUUCAUCAAAUAGAGGAAGGACUAACUUAGAUUUUGAUAUAUUAGAGUUGUAUUUCACUUAAAGAUUCACGGAGAUAUUAAUGUUUAAAAUCGGGAGCAUAUUUCUGGAUGUGUCUGAAAUAUGCAAAAAACGGCGUAUCAAAUAUUAAUCAACAUUUGCCCGACUGAAACAUGCACUAUUACCAGUAAAUAAAUGACAUUUGACAAAUUGUUUAUUAUGAAACAAAGUAUUAUUAUCUACAAAAUACAAGCAAGAUAUAUUUGUCCGAAAUCCGUGUGCAUGUGUUCCUAGCACGAAUACGUUUCCUUAUUUCAUGAGACCACUGCAUCGCGAAGGAUCGUCAUGAAUAUCCGCGUUCGUAGUUCUGAAUUAGGGCAUGCUGUCACAAUAGAAUUGUGAAGCUCUUCUAACUUCUUCAAAGUUCUGAAAUCUUGUUAAGAAAACUCAAACAGUUUUGCCUUUUCUUAAUCUUGUUUAUCUUGUUAAGUUCAGAAUAAACUGAGAAUGAAACACAAUCUAACCAUACAACUCCAUAAGUCAUAACAAGCAACUCCCCAGAGACAUCCAACAUUUUUGGAACAAAACGUAACAAAAUAGUAGCGUCGAUACUGUGAUGUGUAUUUGCAAAAAGCAAUAUUAUUUCCUUCAUAAUAAGAAUAUUAUUCAUCCUGCUCUAACCGAGAAAUAAUCAACUCUGUUUUUAACCCAUAAAAGACAUAAAAAAAUUAGGCUAUUUAAUUUAAGAAAAAUUUAAGCGCCUGCCUUAGGGGUCUUUCAUGUACCUUUAAGUUUGUAAAGACCUAUUAAAUACUGGCAUAAUUUCGAACAUUCAUAUUUCAGGAAACAAUGACAUGAGCUAAGACUUACAUGCAUGUUAAGAUGUCUAAAUCUACGUACGCCAUAUCCCUUAUACAAACCCUAACGACAAUUCGUUGAAAUACAAGUUAGCCUGAUAUGUCAUUAAACAAACAAACGCUGGAGUAAUAUUUGAUAUGCCGAUUUUCGCUAAUUUUAGACACAUCCCAAAAUAUGCUCCCGAUUUUGAACAUUAAUAUCUCGGUGAAUUUUUAAGUAAAAUACAACUUUAAUAUAUCAAAAUCUAAGUCAGUCCUUCCUAUAUGUAAUGCAAGUUAUUUCUGUUUGAUAGCUUUACUUGUUUAGAAGUUAUUAUAAAUCAAACAGGAGUACUUUUCUUUGGGACACCCGGUAGUUGACUUAGGCCACCAGAAAUGACUGAGACGGAAUGGGAUUUACCAGCUGCCCACACCUGCUAUCGGAUCAAAACCACUCUAUUAAAAAGUGAGUCGUUUUUUUACAUAAUAAUUGGUAUUGUUAUCUGUGCAGUGAUGGUCAAAGUAUUUUUUUCAGGUUGAAAAACACAAAGACAAUCUUGGUGCUAUUAUGAUAACCUAUCCUUCCACAAACGGAGUUUUUGAUGAAGGCAUUAGGUAAAAAAACCCAAAAUAUUUUUUGUGGAGUUGUAACUUUAAACAUCUAUUCCAAAUGGAUUAUUGCAGCUGCAACACGGUUCACGAGCAGUCGGGGAAAAUAUCAGGGUGCUUAUAUAUACAGCGCCGCUGACUCGGAGAAAAAGUAAAUGUUUCUUAGUUGUAACUAUACAUGAGAAUAAAAGGUACGCCAAUUUGCAGAAGACGAAUAUGGUGACUUACCUAUAAAGACCUUUUGCAUGACGCGUUACCUUAAUUAAUAUUAAAAUAUUUUACACCACCUUGAUAAGGAUAUAUAGGGAUAAGAUGCAGUAGAGAUGUAUCAUAUAGUAACUAUGCCAUAGUGUAGUCCACUAGAGCAGUGGUAGUGAAUUUGACUUUCAAUCAAUUUAUAUAACUGACGUUUUCUUCAGAGAUGUUUUGGCUUUAAUUCAUGAGAAUGGAGGACAAGUGUAUCUUGAUGGUGCAAAUAUGAACGCUCAGGUAGGCGUGAAUUAUUACCUGGAAAUAUCCAUUCUAUGCUGUUUAAGAAAAUAACUGGUAAUCAUUCCACAUAGUCGCAGCUUUUAGAUGACUAUUUUGGCAGUAUUGUAAAAUGUAUUUCCCGUCCGUCGUAGCGUUUAACGAGCAGUCGUGGAAUAAUUAUAUUAAGACACGCUCAAAACUACGCGAAUCUAAAUGCACGUAAUAUUUGCUUUCCGCUACUCACUCUAACCAAUGUUGUUCCUAAAUGUUGUUUGCCUCAAAAAUGGUCUCUGGAUGUCGAUUUUGUUGGGGAGGGGAGGAGGGGGGUGUUUGAGCAAGGAAGGGCAACAAAAACGAAAAUUUAGCAUCUUAUUUUUCACCUUGCUCGGUUUCCUUUGUUCUUAUAGGGGAAUAUAUUCAAUAUUCCCCUCUAAUCAAUUUCCGUUUAAUAAUCCCCUCUAAUAUUCACCUGCAAUGUCUUUACAGCACAAAAAAUGAGAAAAAAACCCAACAUAAACAAGGCAAUUUGGCAUUAAGAAUUAUUGCUAUUCUGACUCAUUAACGCGACCUCGCAAUGUGAAAAAUAAGUACGUUAUUUUGAGGCACCUCGGGGUAUGUGUUUAUUCACCUCGGCGCGCAAAUCACAUAUCCCCUCGUUGCCUCAAAAUAACCUAUACAAAUACUUCGGUGUCCCAUUAAUUUAUCUUCAGAUUAUGGCAUGCAUGUGGUUUGUUCAAAUAAUAUAUGUGGCGCCGGGUGACUUUCGAUAUUACUAUCAAACAUGGCGUCAAAGCAAGACUGAGGCACUAACUGUGGCUGCAGUUGCUUUUGUUUGAUCAUUUUGAAGAGUUUAAUGAUCCACAGCUGUCUAGUAGUUGGUUUUGCCACCCAAAAUGGCGGAUUAUUUUUGAUGAUACGUCAUACUGCGAGACCUGAAUAGAUAGGCAUAGUUUAAACUUUGAAAUCGCUAAAUAUAAAACUGAGGAAAUUAAGUAUGCGUGUUAACCCCUGUUUUAACAGUUGUUUAUGCACAGUUUCCGUGCAACGUUUUUUAACUUGUUUUCUCUGCAUCAUUCCACACUUCAUCUUUAGGUUGGCCUUUGUCGUCCAGGUGAUUAUGGUGCUGAUGUUUCUCACUUGAAUUUACACAAGACAUUUUCAAUCCCACAUGGCGGAGGAGGGCCUGGGGUGGGACCUAUUGGAGUGUAAGUAUUUGAGAUAAUUUGUUUUUACCAAACCACAGGAGGCCCAGGCUCGAUUUGCCCGCGCCCGCCUGUGCCUUCCUUAUAACGAGGGAAGGAAGGAGACAUUGAGACCAAAAUAGCCCAGACUUGGCAUAUGUCACACGAAACUAUCCUCGAUUUUUCGCUUUUCAUGCAUUUCUUUCACGAUUAAUCGAUAUCUCCUGCAAGAAUGAUACCGUAUAACUCUCAAAGAGCUUAAAUUCGCUCUGAAAUCCGUCGAACAACGAACAUCAACAAACUUUUCAAUUUUUUUAACAAACACAAUGUGAAAUACAAUUUAUUAUACAUAUUAACGUACUACAGUUAUAUUUACAUGCAGUAAUAUUUACACUUUAUUAUAACGUUUGUGAAUAGUUUUGUUUGUAUGAUUGAAAUUAUUACAGUACUGUUAAACAAAUUUGAAAUGUUUGUUGAUAUUCGUUGUCCAAUCAGGGUUGAGUGUAUUUUGAGUUAUUCAACGACUUCCGCUUUUUGCACAGCAAACCCGGCACGCGGAUAUAUUUUGGCCGAAUUUUGUUAUUCCCUCACGGAUUUCAGAGCGAAUUUAAGCUCUUUGAUUAAAGCAUCGUUGUUUUGAGAGUUAUACGGUAUCAUUCUUGCAGUGGAUAUCGAUUAAUCGUGAAAGAAAUGCAUUAAUUAAAAGCGAAAAAUCGAGGAUAGUUUCGUGUGACAUAUGCCAAGUCUGGGCUAUUUUGGUCUCAAUGUCUCCUUCCUUCCCUCGUUAUAAGGAAGGCACAGGCGGGCGCGGGCAAAUCGAGCCUGGGCCUCCUGUGAUCGGAAAGGUCACAAAAAACCCAAAUGGGCCGUUUCGGAGUUGCAAGUCCUAUGUUGCAAGUGCAAGCGUGUGCCAGUGAGUCUGUACAAAAUGUCUGUUCAGAAAAAACAUGGCGGAGCACGAAUGAUUUAAAUAUGUUAAAAGUUGUUCGAAACAAGCAACUUUGCAGUGUUGACUCCCCUCGACAAUGCAGUUUUCUUUAGUUUGCUUUACUACUAUGCUAUGUACUGUGCUAUGUAUAUGUACUGUGCUUUACUAUUGUGCAUAUGUGUACAAUAGAUUGUAAUUGUUCAAAUGCUGUUUUAUUCCAACUCACAACGCUUUACUUGAAUUUGCAGGGUAAACUCCAAACUGACAUAUUAACAAGUUAACUUCAAACUGCGGCCUUGUUGAGUCAAUUUGAAUAAUUUAUUGUGUAUGGUUGUUUUCACGUUGUACAUAUUGAAAUGUCUUUAUAGAAAGAAGCACCUUAUCCCAUUUCUUCCUUCACAUCCUAUUGUUCAUCCCAUGGGAACAGAUGAUGCGACGUCAUUAGGAACUGUUUCUGCAGCACCAUAUGGCUCACCAGGAAUUCUACCUAUCUCUUACGCUUACAUUAAAAUGAUGGGGGCUAAAGGACUUACUCACGCAUCUAAAGUAAGUUCGUGGUGCAGGUUGUGAUGAUAUUGUUCGAGGUGAUAUUAGUGGUGACGUUGGUGGUAGGACUAAGAGCUUAAUUGCGGUGUUUGAUGAUGUUGUUUGUCUAUUGUUUGGUGGUCCUGAUUGUGGUACGUGACUGUGGGCUAAAUAACUUACUCACUCCUCUAAAGUAAUUUGUUAUUGGGGGAUGGUCCAAGUCGAGAUUGUCUUGUGCCGAGAUGUGAUCCCAAUGUGCGGUACAUAGAUAUUUUCUAUACACUAGAUAGUGCAUCUAAUUAUUCUGCAAUUCAAAAAUUGAAGCCGUGAUUGCAGACUCAGGAUAUUCCCAUGAAAUGAGAAGACUCGUAUGUUUUCUAUUCCUUAAACAGGGAACUUAAACAUUAAGUUAAACCUAUUCCAAAUACAUUUUCAAACUAUAUAUUCAAAUGAUGAAAGUUAUUGUUGUUUUUUAAACGUUUAUUAGCGAGUGGGAAACUCCAACAUGGCCGCCAUCUAUUCAUAUGGGGGUAACCGCUGGAAUAUUCUUGACUUCAAUUUUACUAAAAGAGAUGCGCUAUCUAGUGUAUAUAAUAUAUCUAUGGUGCAGCACCAUAUGUUUUCUGAAAUCUACAUAUGCAGGAAGUUUGACUUACACAGGAAAUUUCUAUUUUGCUGCCAGGAAGAGAAAUAUAUUUUCUAGGCCUGGUCUUGGUAGUGGUGACGAUGGUGUGUUAAUAGUGGUUUCAAUACUAAUAAUGCGUUCUCAUUAUCACAGGUCGCCAUCCUGAAUGCUAACUACAUGGCAGCAAGACUGAAAGAUCAUUACCCAAUUCGAUUUCUUGGCAAAAAUGGUAUGAUAUUUGUUUUGGUUUAUUAUUGCAAAGCUUUCGAUCCGUAACGUCGAUCUUCAUUAGUGCUAAUAUAAAUAGAGAAUAAUACAUGCAUGGGAGCGCGGAAAUACCAGAUUUAUUUCGAGUGUUCAACAUGAUAUCUCACGAGUGAGCGCAUUUUCUGUUUAUUAUAUUAUAUAAACAAAAUUGAAAAACAAUAAAACAUCCGUGGCAAUGCGUUUUACAACAAGUUCUCUGAUUGGUCAAACAUAUUUCCUACGCGCUUUUUGACGUUCACAGCUUCUUCAAAUUUUGCUUGGUUCUUGAAAUAUUUUCACUGAAAUUAUUGUAAAUUGACGUCAAUGACGGACAUCUCGUUAUUUUCAGUCAAACUAUUUCAAGAACUAUAUACUGUAAGCAUGGUAUGAAAAAUCACGAUUAAAUAAGAUAUGAGAAAUCAUGAUUAAAUAAGAUAUGAAAAAUCACGAUUAAAUAAGAUAUGAAAAAUCACGAUUAAAUAAGAUAUGAGAAAUCACGAUUAAAUAAGAUAUGAGAAAUCACGAUUAAAUAAAAUAUGAGAAAUCACGAUUAAAUAAGAUAUGAAAAAUCAUGAUUAAAUAAGAUAUGAGAAAUCACGAUUAAAUAAGAUAUGAGAAAUCAUGAUUAAAUAAGAUAUGAGAAAUCACGAUUAAAUAAGAUAUGAGAAAUCGAUAAAGAAGUUUUAUUUUAAAAGUUGUUUCCAUUAUGCAGGUUACUGUGCUCAUGAGUUUAUCCUUGAUGUGAAAAUAUUCAAGAAAACUGCAGAUAUUGAAGCUAUUGAUAUUGCCAAACGACUCAUGGAUUAUGGUGAGAAUAACAGUAUUUUGUUGGGACGUACAUUUUGUAUAUUGCAUAGGGCAGCACUUGAUUGGAGCAGAUUGGAGGGUCGAAACGUUGGGUCGUGAAUGUAAAUUGUAAAAUAUUCACAUUCAUUUAAGCUGCGGGGUUUAAACAUGCCGAGACAAUUCGCUAUGUAGAGAACUUAGCCGAACUGAACAUUAUACCCAACCCUAUACAAAUUGGUGGUCCUGCAGAUGUGUAACAAGUCUAUCUCUACUUUCCGAAGGGACAAUAUCGAAUAAAGAAGAAACUUCUUCAUGCCAGUGAUGUGUUUAAUUUGCCCUGCGCAAGCAUUAAGUUACACCGUUGCAUAGGGUCAGUGUAGUUUGGAAUAAUUUAGCAGAUUAUUCAAAUUGAUCGAGUCUUUGUCUUCCAGGUUUCCAUGCGCCCACAAUGUCCUGGCCAGUGCCCAGCAGUCUCAUGGUGGAACCAACAGAGUGUGAAGAUAAAGCUGAACUGGAUCGAUUCUGCAAAUCAUUAAUUCGUAAGUCCCUGAAUAUAUAUUUGCUUUCAGUGAGGAAUGGUAUAGAUGGGUUUCAGUAAGCGUUAUGCUGGUCAACCGGUGGAAAUGACAAAAUAAUGCAUCUUAUUAUAUCCAAUUGUCCUGUAGUUGGUCUUGUUCAAGCUAUUGUUUUGUGCGCACGCAAAUAUAAUUGAGGAAUGUUGUUACUUCUAAUAGUGUGGUCAGUUCUGCUGCAACUCACCAGUGCAGGCGUUUCACGGCUUAUCUAUAGUGACUAAAGGCUCAUGGUUUACACUGUCAAAGUUUUUGUGAUCACAGUAGGAAUUUUGCAUGGGUAAAUUAUAUGUUUUGAAGGUUUGUAAGAAAUUUUGAGGGAACUGACUCAUUGUUUGAGUCCGUUCCCUCGAGCAUUUCUUACAAAUCUUUCAAAACCUACCCAUGCAAAAUUCCUACUGUGACCACAGAAACUUUGAUAGUGUAAACCAGCUUUAGGUCAAAUUAUAAUUCGUAUCUCCUUUCAAUUGUAGGCAUAAGACAAGAAAUUGCUGAUAUCGAACAAGGACGAAUGGAUGCAACUGACAAUCCUUUAAAGGUAGAUUUUAUUGCCCAGAUUGUACCUGUACAUUACAACACUUCCGCUGAUCCUGAACAUCAGGCUGUAUCUUUCUUCAAGUUCUGUAUAUUACACUGUAGUUCCGGUGUACACAUUGUCAUCUGUGUUUUCUAGAAUGCUCCUCACACUCAACUGGUUUUGACGACUGAAAAAUGGAAUAAACCAUACACAAGAAAACAAGCUGUCUAUCCAGCUGUGAGUGUUUUUUUUUAUUAUUAUGGUUGUAACCAGUCGCUCUAUCCUGAUGGAUCGGUCCAUUAUUUACAGUCAAACCGGAUGUUCUCUUGCGAGCAACAUUGCAAUAUUGUCCCACAAUAUUGCAAUUUUGAUAGGCAAAUUGCUCUGAGCAAAUUGCAACCGACGCGAACAAAUUGCAAGUUGGAAAUUCACAAAAGAUUUGUAUAGAAAGCCUCUGAUUGGAUUAUAAGAAAGUGGGAAGCCAAUCAAAUAGUCUGAGCCACUGGAUUGGUGCUUCCCUCUUUCUUAUAGUCCAAUCAGAGACUUUGUUUACAAAUCGUUUGUGAAUUUCAACUUGCAAUUUGUUCGCGUCGGUUGCAAAUUGCUCAGAGCAAUGCAAUCUGCCUAUCAAAAUUGCAAUAUUGUGGGACAAUACAAAACAAAACAAUUAAACUAAAAUAGAUCGAAAACGGAAACCUGGAUCAUCACUUGCACAGAGGAGUUUCUCCACGCCUCCUUUUAAUUCUAUAUCGUUCCACUAUACAGGGAGGUAGCGAACCAUCUGAAGCGGGGGGGGGGAGGUGUUGAAGGAUUUUACCUGAAAUUUGAACUUCAAUGUUAAACAUUUAACUGAAGUGUAAUAAUUAUAAUAGAGAUUUUUCUGAUUGAUUUUCACUGUCAUACUAAGUUUCCUAAGAAAAUGAGGGUCUGUCUGGGGGUCCUCCCCCAGAAAAUCUUUACAUUUUUGAUGCUCCAGGAAUGCAUUUCUGGCGUUUUCUAAAGCAAAUUCGCAAACGAAUUGGAUCUAAGUUGACUGUAUUUUACAAAAAGGGUUAUCAUUUCACAAAAAUAACGACUUUAUUACGCAAAUUUUACCUGAAAAUGUCAAAAUUUAAACUUGAAUUUUACCUACGUCCCUGCCACUACAGUCUGUAUAACAUGACGUAGGAUUGUGAGAAAUAGAGAGUUGUCUGUUCCUAUCUAUAAUAAAUCUUCUAUUCAAGAGUUUUUGACGGAAUAAAUAUUAAACAAUUUUCUUCGGCUGUAAUACUUCCUUGUCCAAUGUUGACUAGUUUCCCUGGGAUCCCACACGCUGCUACAUUAUGUUAGCCAAACAAAACUCGUGGAAAGGAAGAUUAGACCAAGUCGAGUCAGUCAUUUCCUCUUUGAGGAAAUUCGAUUGGAAUGACUGUAUAUUGAAAUAAGUAACACCAAAAAACUGUAGCAAUGUAUGUACGCCUAGCGUACCUAUUUUAUUACUGUGCUUUUCGAUGGUUAUAAUUUUUUGUAUUACAUUACAGCCCUGGAUAGAUCAUACAAAUAAAUUUUGGCCAACAAUAUCCCGUGUUGAUGACAAAUAUGGCGACCAACAUUUGAUGUGUUCUUGUCCUCCCAUUGAAAGCUACGAAGAAUAACAUUCAUCGAGCCAAGGUGUAACCCAUUCGUUUUAUGUCUCACAGAUGGAUGAAUUCUGCCUAAAAAAAUUGUUUACCCCUUCGGCAUUCGUAUUGUUUGCCGUAUUCUAAUUUGAAACACACAUGCACACGCACAGUCUAUGUUUAACUUUUCCCCCAACCAUGUAGCAAAUUGAUGACCACAACUUUUGAAAACUUCUUAAUAAUCGGGGAAUAUUCGCCGAGACGAAGUCGAGAUGAAUAUUCCCCGAUAAUCACCGAGCAUGAGGCGAAUAAUUGUUUUUAUCUUUACACAAGUCUUUUGUGUUUUUUGGGACUGAAUUUAUUUUAAUUUCGCUUAUUUCUUUAUGAGUAACUUCCACAAAACGGCUAGCCGCCAUUUUGAAAAUUUCGGUUUUGUUAUAUUCACCUGUAUAGGUGAAUAUAUAACAGCUUAAUACGUCAAAUUUGACCAAUCAACUUGUAGGAUUUGUUAUAUUCACUUGUGCAAAAAUACUAAAAACUGAUAUUGGCUAGUUAUAGAAAAACUUUUUGGCAUGCAUUUUAGAUGCGGGUCCAACUAACAUAAUAUGGUUAAUUCAACCAUAUAGGCUGGUUAUCCAUUAAGUUACCCCAAACAGUGUUAAUUUCAGAAUAACCAGAGAAUAGUGUUAAUUUCAGAUUAACCAGAAAAUUUUUAACCAUGGUGUUAUUAACAAGGGUGCAUAACAUACAUAUGUGUUCUAAUUCCCCACAUGUCAUCAUUCACAUCACUCUGCUCAGGCAUAUUCAAUUGUAUCUGCAGGUGAAUAAUUUUCUGAAUCCCUCGCACUAUAACAUGCAGCAACUAACGAAUAUUCUAGACAAAUGCAUCCACCUGUGUGAAAUGAAAUUAAAAAUUUCUUAAUACUGGGAAAUACUGGGAUGAACUAUUAUAUACUUAAUUGUUCUUAUUUAAUUUAAUAAGUAUUUCCACGCAGUAAACUAGUGGGUUUGUGUAAGAGUUGCAGGGUAGCAUGUGGUGGUCAACAUUUAAACAUUUAAGAUAAUUUAUGAUAAUAUACAGUAUGAAUAAUGGAAGAUAUCCACCUUUUUAACAAUUUUUAAUACUUGUUCCAAACUACUCAAUGUUUGUUCAUGAUAUGGAAUAUCAGUUAGUUAGUUGACGUAGUUUUAGAUAUUGAAAAUAAAUCAUAGCAAACUCACUGAUUGUUGAUUUGUUUCUUUUGUCUUUGACAAUUGCAACCAUUCUGUCACCUCGCAUGAUGGUAUCCAUGCAUGAAUCCAUGAAUCUAUCAUGUGUAUAUGAGUACCUGACCCUCCCCCCACGCUUAUAUGUUAAUACCAACCAUAUGUGUAACCUUCAUUUGCUGGCAUAAGUGUCGACGAAGUGCGGCUUUAGUGUGGC